AUGAAGAAGUUGGAAACACAGAUUAGACAGUUAGCUGAGCAACUGUCCAGCAUAGAAGAUGGGAGAUUCCUUAGCAACAUAGUUAUAAAUCUAAAAGAACAAUGCCAAGCUGUGAUGACUAGGAGUGGAGCUGUUGUGGGUAGUCCAAAACCAGCCGAAAAGAGAGAGAAAACCAAGGAAGAGGAGAAGAUUAAAUCUGAACUAGAGGAAGGGAACUUCACCCUAUUAAAAAGAGAAAAUUCAGAAAUGGAUACCUUCCCUAAAACUGUGAGAAGAACAAAGAGGCAAAUUUUAGAAGAUUCAAACAAGCCUCUAGAUGAAGAGAAAUACAAGCAACUGCCUUAUCCACAAAGAGUCACUAAUCCUAAGCAAGAAAGGCAGUAUGAGAGAUUUCUAGACAGAAAGCUGCCUCAAAAAUUAAAAGAUCCAGGCUCAUUCAGCAUUCUAUGCUAUAUUGGAAAUUGCACAAUAGGAAAAGCUUUGUGUGAUCUUGGGGCAAGCAUCAACCUUAUGCCUCUUGCCAUUAUGAACAGACUUAGAAUAGAGGAAGUCAAGCCAACAAGCAUCACUCUACAACUUGCGGACAGAUCAUAUACUUAUCCAUAUGGUAUUGUAAAGGAUUUAUUGGUAAAAAUUGACAAGUUUAUUUUCCUUGCAGAUUUUGUCAUUUUAGAUAUGGAGGUGGAUGCCAAUAUUCCUUUAAUAUUGGGCAGACCUUUCUUAGCUAUAGGGAGAGCUUUGAUUGAUGUGCAAAAAGGGGAAUUAAGGCUUACAGUGCAGAGUGCAGGAUGA